UGAUUUCUUGCUGUCCUGAGUUGUGGAUACCGGGGAGAAGGCCGGAGGUAUGGCGGAGGAGGAUGAGGAGGAGAUUACUGAGGACCAACUAAGAGUGAAAUCCAAGCCUCUUCCAGUCUCUGCUUUGUCUGCUUUCAGUUGCGUCCCGUCUCGACGCACCGGACCUAAAGAACACAGCUAUUUUUAUCAGGAAGGGAAGACAGGAGUUGUUUCCAUAUUUGAUUGCAUUUUUAAAAGGCCUCUGGAUUACAAUCAAAAUUUGCACCGAGAUGAUCGAGAGCAUGCCAAAAGUAUAGGACUCAAGGUUAAUGAGGAGGAAUGGGCAAGACCUAUUGGAGUAUUAACAUCUUCUCUUUAUGGAAGACAUAUAUAUAAGCCUGUGGAAGAGAUGAACAGAGAGCAUGUGAGGGUUAACCAUCUGAAGGGCGAGUUCUAUCGGAAGAAUGCUAUCACUUGCAUGGAAGAACCUGGUUAUGGACAUAUUGCUCCAUCCUAAUUUCUUUAUAUACUUCAUUGGGCAAAUUGAGGUGGCGUUAAAAAGUAUAGUUAUAGAAAGGAUGAGCAAAGUUUGAUUUAAUUUUUAACUUUCAAAUUCUUUUUGGAAAUAAGACUGUUAGGAUUAUUAUUAUAGAAUGAUAGUUGUCUUAACUACUUGAUUAAAUAUUUUCAUUGUGGAGCACCAGUUUUCUGCAUAGUUUAAGGAGCUGCUACAAAAUUUUUAAAGCUCAUUUUGUAGUUAAUAUAUUUUAUGUCAAUGUUACUUUGAUUAAAUGAAAAACUAUUUUCCUAUCAUAUGUCCAAAAGUAACUUAAUAAAAUUUUUUCCUCUGUUGUAA